UCUCCAUCCUCACCAACGUCCCCACUCCCACCAGGUGCUCUCCCAGCCCCCCCCAGCCCCUCCCACCCUGCCAGGCCACGCUCUCAGAGGCGCUGGAGGAGCUGGAUUGGUGCCUGGAGCAGCUGGAGGGCCUCCAGACCCACCGCGCCGUCAGCGAGAUGGCCUCCUGCAAGUUUAAGCGGAUGCUGAACCGGGAGCUGAGUCACCUCUCGGAGAUGAGCCGCUCGGGGGGGCAGGUCUCCGAGUACAUCGCAAGCACCUUCCUCGACAAGCAGCACGAGGUGGAGAUCCCGGCACCCCCCCAACCCAAAGAGCGCCGCCGGGGGCCGCCCCCCCCACAGCCAAAGCUGCCGCCCCCCCCCGACCCCCCCAGUACUGCCACGCCCCCCCGCUUCGGCGUCUGCACUGACCAGGAGGAGCUGCUGGGCAAGGAACUGGAUAACCUCAACAAGUGGGGGCUGAACAUCUUCCGCGUCGCCGAAUACUCCAAUCAGCGCUCGCUCAGCUGCAUCAUGUACAGCGUCUUCCAGGAACGGGAGCUGGUGCGGACGUUCCGGAUCCCGGAGGCGACGCUGUUGGCGUACGCGCAGACUUUGGAGUCGCACUACCACCCGGAGGUCGCCUAUCACAACAGCCUCCACGCCGCCGACGUCCUCCAGUCCACACACGUCCUGUUGGCCACUCCCGCCCUCGACGCCGUCUUCACCGACCUGGAGAUCUUGGCUGCGCUCUUCGCCGCCGCCAUCCACGAUGUGGACCACCCUGGAGUCUCCAAUCAGUUCCUCAUCAACACCAACUCGGAGCUGGCACUGCUCUACAACGAUGAGGCGGUGUUGGAGAACCACCACUUGGCCGUUGGCUUCAAAUUGCUUCAAGAGGACAACUGUGACAUCUUCCAGAGUUUGGGCCGACGGCAGCGCCAGAGUCUACGCAAGAUGGUCAUCGACAUGGUCUUGGCCACAGACAUGUCCAAGCACAUGAGCCUCUUGGCCGACCUUAAGACGAUGGUGGAGACCAAGAAGGUGACGAGUUCUGGGGUUCUGCUCUUGGACAACUACACGGACAGGAUCCAGGUCUUGAGGAAUAUGGUCCACUGCGCCGACCUGAGUAACCCAACGAAGCCGCUGGAGCUCUACCGGCAGUGGACCGAGAGGAUCAUGGAAGAGUUCUUCCAACAGGGAGACCGCGAACGGGACCGCGGGAUGGAGAUCAGCCCCAUGUGUGACAAACACACGGCCUCCGUGGAGAAGUCUCAGGUGGGUUUCAUCGAUUACGUCGUUCACCCUCUGUGGGAGUCGUGGGCCGAUUUGGUCCACCCGGACGCUCAGGAGAUCCUGGAGACGUUGGAGCUCAACCGCCGGUGGUACCAAAGCCGCGUCCCCCCGAGCCCCGAACCGCCCCCCGGCGCCGACCCCCCCCCCCCCGCGCUUCCACUUCCCCCACAGCGGGGGGGGGCGCGGCUGAGGCCGCCGGGACGGACCCUUCCCCCCCCCCCAACACCCACUGGGGCCCUUUGCACCAUUUGGGGCCCGCGCCUGCGCGGACCGACGGGUCUGGCGCUUGCGCAGAGCGUCGCCCGCGCCAUUCGAACGGCGGACGGGACUGUGAGUGCGGAGACCCUCUUUUAG